GCUCAAAAUUUUUGGACGUAAUAAUAGGUAUAUACAUGAAGUAUUGGGGUAAGUUCGAAAAACUCAAAAUGGCGGCCGUUUCGAAGGAGGAAUAUUUAAAACGUUACUUGUCAAACGCGGAUUCUGGCGAGAAAAAGAAACGAAAAAAGAAGGUAAAAACUGGAAUAAAAACUGGCAUGUCUUGUAUUAUUGACGAUGAUGUAAAUUUAAGCGAUAUUAAAGUGAAGCGGGACUCUGAGGUCGCUGAAAGUCUGCUAGAAUUGGCCGACGAAACUCCACUCAUAUUCAACGAAACGGGGACAACCGUUUUGUCAAAAGAUUUGGAGAGUAUUAAAAGGAAAGAAGAUGAGAAAAACGCCAUGUGGGCACCGCUUGGACACUUUCAGGAAGAAAUCUCUACGGACCUGUCUCCUGUGAGAAGCAAAGUAAGGAUAAGCCGUCAUGACAGUCUGUCACCAGAAAGGGGUAGCAUAAAUGAAAAGUUAACUACAUCUAGUAAAAUUGAAAAACAAGUAAAUUCUACAAAAGUAUAUCGGCAAAGGCACACUUUGGAGGAUUUGUCACCUAGGCAACGGACAAGAUACGAUUCCUCACCAGACCAAUCGCCACCCAGACAAAAGACAAAGAAAUUGCAAUCAAAAGCUACUCGAUAUGAUUCACCCAACUUGUCACCCGAAAUACAGAGGACACGUCCUCCUACGGACCAAUCGCCACCCAGAAGAACUAGACAUGAUUCCUCAUCAGAUCAAUCGUCACCUAGGAAUCGACAAAAUUUUAGCAAAAUGGUCUCCAAAGCAUCUAGGAAUAAUUCGGCAAAUGUGCUGUCAGUCCGAAACAAUAGGAAUGCAAGGUCAAGGUCACCAGUAGACCAAUCACCACCAAGACGAACUAGACAUGAUUCGUCGCCCGAUCAAUCGCCGCCAAGAAAUAGACGUCCACCGGUAAAUCAACCAAGAAUGACUCGUCAUGAGUCUCCCGAUAUGUCACCACCUCGAAGAAUGGGGAAUAAUAGACCAGCAUCACUAGACCAAUCGCCACGACGACGAAACAGACGCAACUCAUCAUCUGAUCAAUCGCCUCCAAGGAAUACCAGACCAUCUGCAAAUCUAGCGAAACGGACCAGACACGAUUCGCCAGAUUUGUCACCUCCUCGGAGAAAGGCGAAUAACAGAUCGGUAUUGUCAGAUCAGUUGCCGCCAAGAAAACAAAGAACAGUAGAUAAUAAAAAUCAAAUUUCAAACAGAAGGAGACGUGAUUCUCCAGAUCUUUCUCCGCCUCGUAAUACUAGGGGGUCAUCCCCAGAUCAGUCCCCACCUAGGAAGCAGGGUGGCCAAAGUGGUAAAAGAUCUUUUAAAGGUGGAAGGGAUGAUGGUCAUUCUUCAGAUCAGUCACCACCAAGGAAACAAAAGAAUUCAGGUAGUAUUCGUUAGGCCUAAAAAAAUACCAGUGGUUCCGAUUUCAUAUCGUGAAAAAAUUAGGGUCAGUAGGUCGGAAUUUUUUUUUUUUUUUAAAUAUUUUUUUCAUGGUUUUUGCUGGGCGAUUUGCAAUAGAGUCCCGACAUCAAUACUAACUGGAGAUGCGUAUUUUCUAUGGACAAAUUUAGGUAAUUUGGUUCAAUAAUUAGUGUGACAACAGACACCAUUUUGGCACGCUGUAUGAGCAGCCCACAACCCGGAGAAAAUAGGGUUGCACAGUCAACUGUUUUGAAAAAAUAAUGGGGUCAGCAAAAAUGAUGGUUCCGGAACCACAGGUAUUUUUUUAGGCCUUGCCAGAAGGCUUAACAUGAUCAUUUUAUGUCAAGACAGCAUCUUUUUAAUUUAAAACCUAUAAAAUUGUAUAGAUCAAUGGAUCAAGAAGAAAAAGUCUUUGUUACUAAUUUAAAAGUUGCUGGCUAGCACUGUGAAAAUGCCGGUGACAGCCAGAAACCAGCUGCUAUUUCAAACCCUGAAGCUAUUAUUUCAAACCCUGAAGCUGCUAUUUCAAAGAUCUGGGGGUGUAUAUCUAUCCCAUUUUCUUUUUUUGACAUUCAGAGCGUAAAGCAGGUCUACAUUCGGGGGUAGAACUGAGGCAAGAAAAUGAACGAACGAGGCAGAGAGAAAAUGAAAUGUUCGCAAGAAUGAGCUCAAGUACGACGGGCAAAGGUGCGGGCACUGUGCAUCGUGAUAAAACUGGGAGGAAGAGAGAUUUCAAAGUGGAAGAAGCGAAGAAAAAAGAGGACGAAAGAAAGAAACAAGAAGAAAAUGAAACGUUCAUGGAAUGGGGGAAAGGGUAAGAUUACUUUUCUACCAGUGUGGAUUAUAACAAUUUUGCUUGGGCCUAUCAUAUAUGCAAUAUCGAGCAGUCACAGACAUUGUCCGACCCAUUUGUGAAAUUGUCUGACAUAGAGAGGAAUAAGCCAUUCUGUCAGACAUAAGUGAAACUAAGGUUUAUUGUUUGUCCAACCCGAAUGUAUUGGUGUCCGACCGAACUGUAGCUUUGAACAACAUUUAUCAAAAUGUACCCUAGCCAAGGGUUAUGUACCCCAUUGGCCAUUGUCUGAUGGCAAGUGAAAUUUAUUCAGGUAAACUAAUUUUCAUGUUCUGAGGGCAAGUGGUCAAAAAAGUUACGCCACCGAUUUCUACCAGGCAUUGCCAAUCUUUCAUCAGUUGCUUCUACUGUAUUAUUUUUAGGGUGCAACAAACUAAAUCAACGAAGCAGAAAGUUGACGAUGACCUGUAUGAAAUGAGUAAACCUUUAGCAAGAUAUAAGAAUGACGAGGAUCUUGACAAGAUGUUGAGAGAUAGAGAAAGAGCCGAAGAUCCCAUGUUGGCAUUUAUGCAGAAGCAGAAAGCAAAACAAGAUGUUAUAGCUGGCAAAAAAGGUAAUGUAAAAAUUGUACUGAUAAAUUAAGGGUGGCCAGUUUAGAACUGAUAGAGUUAUCCGAUAUAGAUCACACUAGUUCGAUUUAGGUUUUCUCCUGUAGUAACGCACCAGAUAUCUCAUCAAAGACGAAGUGAUGAAACAGUUUAGAACUGAUAGAGCUAUUCAGUAUAAGUAAAGUCAGUAUGGUUUAGCUUUCCUCUUGUAGUAUUAAGGGGCAGAUCUAGCCUCAUUUGUAAAGAGGGGUGCAGAUUUUUUCAUUUUCCAUCGGGUGAUGCAUGAGGGAGCCUUAUUUGCCCACUCUCCUCUGCAGUCUGCAACGCUACUAUCCCGGAACAUUACCAUUAUUUGAGAUGGCCGAAUCUGCAUGUUCUUCGACUUCGUUCUGUUACAGAUUUUGUUUAAUAUAUAUAAUUAUCUUUUUAUCACAUUUGCGUGACUGGACAGUUUCUGUGCAUAGCACAGUAAAAUAUGGCUGUAUAACAACCUCGACAUGUUUACAUAUUUAACCAUGAUAUUUAACUAAAGCAUUCUGAGUAUUUUCUCGUGAGCUCACAAAUCAAUUAAAUCGUUUCAAGAAAUCGAGUAAUCGACACGCGCUAUAAAACAGCUGAAGUUCCACUAAUCGACUAUCGUUAUUCGAAAAUCAGAAAAUGUAUGGCAGAUUUUCUUAGGGUGGUGCUGGACUUCUCCAGGGGGAUGCUAGGGUCUGAUACUGAUUGGGGGUACUAGGCGGUCUGAUCCAAUUUUCGAAAACUUUUGCGUAUGACUAAAUAAUGGAUGAGCCCUAGUAGAAGUCAACAAUAUUAAGCUUGAAAAUGCUGUCAGUAUUAAAUCAGUACAACUCACCAGUUAACAUAACGGAAUAUGCCUCGAACAUCGACUUCUCUCGCGAAGAAAUCAAAAACAGGCAUUGUGAUUUCAGGCUUUCCCAGUCCGACCACAACAACUACGCCACCCGAUUCAGCUGCCUGGGGACGCAAGAAAAAAAUUGCAAAAUACUUUAAACUGAAACUUUAAAGAAUAUGUUAUCAUUUGAUUCGUGUACUACCAUUUCAGCUUUUUAAACUGAAGAACAAAGCAAUUAUAAAUUACAUAUAUUGAAAGGCCUAUAAAAGUCUGCUACCAAAUAUCACAAUUCACAACUCACAAGGAUUGUAAUUGUCAUAUUAAAUAAUGACUAUUAAAUAAAACUUAAGCUAAAGUUAGCAAUAUAGCAAGCAAUAUAUGAUUCUGUACAAUGCAUGUCAAUGAAGCCACAACAUACACAUUUUAUACAAUCUCUUUUGUUCUAUGUAGGAUUCCUUACAGCUCUACUGAUAAAAAUUUAAACCAUUAGAAUUGAUAGUUAUAACUGUACAUUAAACAACAACGCUAAUCAACAUGAUUAAUUGAUUAUCUUAGAAAAAGUAUCGAAUGACAGUCAAAUGGCACAACUCGGGCCAACAAUCUAGUCCAUGUCGAUGAAAGCAGAUUUUCUUAGGGUGGUGCUGGACUUCUCUAGUGGGGGUACUUGACACCAAUAGGUGGGGGUGUGCACACUCUGCACCCCCAAGGUAGAUCCGCCCCUGGUAGUACUGGACCUCUAGGAGAACAGUUAGUAAUCAUAGAUAUAUCCUGUGUAAAUAAAGUUAGUUUAGUAUAUUGCCCAAUUUUUCGUUUGAAUUGAGUUUCUUGCCUUAUUCAUUGCUAGAAAAACCCAAGUACAGAGGACCCGCUCCCCCACCAAACAGAUUCAACAUUCCCCCCGGCUACCGCUGGGAUGGCGUGGACAGAUCAAAUGGAUUUGAAAAGAAACGGUUUUCUAUGCUGGCCAAUAAGGGAGCGACGAGAGAAGAGGCAUACAAAUGGAGUACAGAGGAUAUGUAGGUAGAUGAGGGGUAGAAGUUGUACAGUAUACAGUAGUUACAUAGAUGAGGGGUACCGUCGAAGGUAUAUACGAGUUUCGUACUACCAUCCGUAACGAGCCUGGUACCAGUUAACCAGUAAUAAAGUCGGGAAGCUGUCGUUAGUACUGGUUACUUGUGGGAUUCCGCUUCCCCAUAGGAAAGAACAUCUUAAAAUGACUUUAUUAUAUUGCUGUAAUAUUCUUUUGUAAUAAUCAUAAUUCAAUAUGUACAAACAUUCAACUUUUACGUGGGAAAAGACACUAUUUCUAUCUGUCCAUCCUUCGAUGCCAACGACGGUAGGAAUCGGAAAAUUAGAAUUUCAGCAUUGUCAAAGUGGAAACACAUCUACAAAUAUUUUACGGGGGGGUGAGCAUAGAGAUUAUAAAUAACACUAGAGGAGGCAUCGAGUUUAAAAAUUGGGAACGCAGCUAAUGGGGGGCAAAUUCAAGUCCCGGAUAUAAAAUCGUGUUCUCAUUGGCUGAUUUGAAACUCGUCACCAAUGGGAACACGAAUACACAUCCGGGACUUGAAUUUGCCCCCCAAUAGUCGCGUUCCCUUUUUUUUACUGAAUUAAGAUUACAAUGCCUCCUCUAGUGUUAUUUAUAAUCUCUAUGGGGGUGAGCAUUUGUGCUUCGAAGGGGGAGCUUUGACAGUGCUUCCAUUUUCAAGGAAAUUUCCUUUUCUAAGGAAAUUCUAGUGUCGAAAAGGAAAAUCUAAGGAAGAGAAAAAAUCUAAGGAAAUCUAAGGAAUUUUUCCGAACAACUUAAAUAUUCAUCCAAGUGCAUUAGUGCAGAAGAAAGUUUCACUAUUUCUUGAAUUUUGAGUGAAUCAUGAUCAAUUAUGUUUAAUUAAAAAUCUGUUUUUAACUUUUUCCUCGUG